UACGCAUUUGGAAUAGAGUGAUAUUAGAUUUAUUUUACAUCAUUUCGACGCUAAACAAACGAUUCAAACCGCAAUUGAGUUUCGAUCAAAACGUACAUGUAUAAUAUAAAUGAAUCACUUUAUGUAAGGAUCGGAAAUGUGUUCGAUCAUUUAAAAUGCAUUCCAAGUUCAGUCAUCGAAUUUAUUUGAAAUAAUCAAAAACGAUUUAGUGACAUAUCAUGUGAUUGUUGGUGUGUACCCAAAGUCAAGCCAAGUCCCACACAACACUAAAACCAAGUUUUUAAAAAAUUAAUAUAUUUUUGUUUGUAAAAAAAAACUCUAUAAAAAUUUAUGUCAUUUUGUGGAUGAAAGUUUUUACAAAAUCGUUUUGCCACCACCGCCGCUGCCAAGAGAAUUUAUUAUUUGAAACAAAAACCAAUGAAUCAAUGAACCACAAUUACCAUUGAAUACAUAAAAUUCCAGUUAAAAAAUGUCAUACUUUUCGGAUAUUGAUUUGGCAACAUUGCAUCGAUCUCGGCUCAACGAAAGAAUUCAAUAUAAAUUAUCUUGGUUCAAUAGACGGCAAAAAUAUUACAUUCCACCCGCAUCAAAUCAGUCAUGCAAUCGUGAUAAUCAAAAAAAUUCCAUUAAAACCGGUGCCAAUCGUAAAUUUAGCGUCGAUCACAAAAUACACAAUAACAAUUCAGUGAACGGUGGAAAAACUUUCAUAAGUGAAAAAAAUACAAUAAGUACCAUUAAUAAAAGUAGCCAGAAAUCUGAUACAAAUCGACAAAAAAAUAGUGCGUGUAUAAGUAAUAGAUUGUCGUCGAAUCGAAAUAGUUGCACAAGAAAUUUGAGCCAUUCAAGAAACGAUUUAAGUGUUCGCAUUGAUGAAAUAAAGUCUCAUAACAAUUCAAAUCAAAAUAACAACAAUUUGCAUACGAAAAACAAUCGAACGAAUAUAGAAAAUAGAGAAUCAUUGUUCGGUACACACGUGUCAUCGUCAUCAGUUUCAUUAACAUCAAACGAUACGAUUUCUGUGAAAAUGGCAAACGAACACGGUACAGUACAUGUGAAAUGCUUAUCGGGUGAUGCAAUUGAUCAACAUUCGCAUAAGAUGACUGGCAAACAAGCAACAGGCGAAUGUCAUUUUCCGUAUAGCAAUAACACAAAAUCCGAUCCACCAAUCGAAGAGGAACUUGAUGUUCCUCACCGAAAGAGAUCGGGAACAUGGCCGCGAACAAGAAGUCUAAAUGCUCCAUCACCAUUUCAACAAUUCGGACCAUGCGGACGAAUUAUGAAAAACUCGGCAAUGGUCAUGCAAAUUCAAGACCCAGCCAGUCAGAGGCUGACUUGGUAUAAGCCACCGUUGGCUGUACUUGUCAUUAAAAAAGUUCGUGAUCAAUUGGUGUUGCCGCCAUUUAUUCAACUUGUGGAGUGGCUCAUUCAGGAAAAACAUAUGGUUGUUUGGGUUGAAGCUGCAAUAUUAGAUGAUGAAAUGCUGUUAAAAGACAAGAAAUUUCAAAAAAUCAAAGACAAAUUAGUGACGUUCAAAGAUGGCCGUGAUGAUUUAACUGAUCGCAUCGAUUUUAUAGUGUGUUUGGGCGGCGAUGGUACAUUAUUAUAUGCAUCGUUAUUGUUUCAACAAUCUGUUCCGCCCGUGAUGGCAUUCCAUUUGGGUUCGUUGGGUUUUUUGACACCAUUUCAAUUUGACAAUUUCCAGGAGCAAGUUACAAAUGUACUUGAAGGACAUGCCGCAUUAACAUUGCGAAGCCGUUUGCGUUGUAUUAUCGUGCGAAAAAAUGAAGAACGAAACGAAAGUACCUGCGAAAAAAAUUGGCUGGCCCAUAGAGCAAUUACAAAUGAUUCAUCGAAUGGUACAGCGGUCAACAAACCGGCCACAAAUAUUCUGGUGCUCAAUGAAGUAGUCAUCGAUCGUGGUCCAUCACCAUAUCUUUGUAAUAUCGAUUUAUUUCUCGAUGGCAAGCACAUUACAUCCGUUCAAGGCGAUGGUUUGAUUGUCUCAACACCAACCGGAAGCACGGCCUAUGCAGUUGCUGCCGGUGCAAGUAUGAUCCAUCCUUCAGUGCCGGCCAUUAUGGUGACACCAAUAUGUCCACAUUCGUUAAGUUUUCGGCCAAUUGUUGUUCCGGCUGGCGUUGAAUUAAAAAUAUCGGUUUCGCUCGAUAGUCGCAACACUUCUUGGGUUUCAUUCGAUGGUCGUAAUCGACAAGAAUUAUUGCAUGGCGAUAGUUUACGUGUAACAACGUCUAUAUAUCCCGUACCAUCCAUUUGUGCUCAAGAUCAAAUAUCCGAUUGGUUUGAUUCGUUGGGCGAAUGCUUACAUUGGAAUGUACGAAAAACACAAAAAAGCUUAGACGAACUAAGCGACUUAACAGCAUCUGGAUCAGAUGAUGCAUUAGACGAACUGGAGAAAAAUUUCGAUAUGAACAUUAAUGAUUCAUGAACAAUUUGUGAUCAAAUUUUUUAAACUUAUACUUUAUCAUAAAAAAAAUGAGAAUUUUUGUUUAAAAGAAAUAUGUUUCACUCACUGCACUCUUU